AUGUUUCUGCCUAUUGAGCAAUGGGUUGGCAUGCACUAUGUUAUUAUUGUUGUACAAGCAAUUAUCAUCAAGCAUUUCCUCUCCAUUUCUGGUUUCAACACAAUAUGUGGGAUGGUCGUAGGCAAGAAGUAUCUGAAUGAGUCACCAGCAGAACAAGGGGUUGUGGAUUCGGAUGAGCUGCCAAGGACUUUUGAUCAGUUGUUCUUGCUCACUGGUGCGUUAAACAUUGGAGAUUUGAUUCCAUGGAUCAAUUUCUUGGAUCUCCAAGGCUUUGGGAAGAAGAUGAAGACACUACGAAAGAAAUUCGACAACUUACUGGAUCACAUAAUAGACGAUGCUCAAAUGGGGCAGAAUAAACAAAAAGAUUCAAAAGUUAGAACAAUGUUUGACGUAUUAAUGGAGCUCUUGGAGAACCCAAACCUUGAGUUUCACUUCACAAGGAAACACAUCAAAGCAGUGCUACAG